UUCGCUCAUGCUAAUCUCCUGGUCAUAUAAGCCGAACAUUGUUACGCCGUUAUACUUUCAGUUUUUAAUUCCAUUCAAGCCGACCUUAGGUUGUCCUUCGGCCAUACUUUGUUGCGCGAAGAAUGUUGAGCAAAACGGCAGUUUCAGCCUUGUCAAAGGUUGGUAAGGUCCACCAGAGAUCCUUUUCAUUAGGUGGGGUGAGAUUGAAUGAGCUCCCAUGUGUAGGUGUAAAAAACUCGAUGGACGUGACAGAAGCUGCCACACCGCAAAGUUUGAGCCAAGAGUUAAAGGAGAAAUACUAUCCUCAGAUAGGCAAUAGAGAGAUAGUAGGACCAAGUUACGGUGCACAGUUUGACUACCACGAUACUGCCGACCAUCCAAUGCCUAGUGUACGUUGGGCUGCUAACACACCAGAAGUUCUUGCACUCAGGGAGAAGGAACUGAAUGACUGGAAUACUUUAACUCUGGAGGAAAAGAAACAAUUAUAUAGAAAUACCUACCGCCAGACAUUUGCUGAAUUCAAAGCACCCACUGGGGACUGGAAGAGGAUCGCAUCUAUUGUUUUCUACACUCUAGCUGCAUCAGUGGUCCUGUUCUUAUAUAAUGUAACAUCAUAUGGAACCAAACCAGUCACUUACGACCAGGACUAUCAGCAGGGAAUGAUUGCAACUAUGCUGAUGAGUAAUGUAGCACCAUACUCUGGUAUCUCGUCCAAAUACGACUUUGAAAAGAACGAAUGGAAGAAAUAAACUACGGCAGUUUUUAGCGGAAACUGAAAAAAAAAUGUUGUCUCAAGUUGACAUUAAAUUUUAUAGUUGUUAUAUGUAGAUUUUUACAGGGACAAAGACGUUUGUGAUAAUCUUUCUAGUUCUUGCUUCUUUUUUUUUUUGAAUAAUCAGAGUUUAUCAUAGAAGUGAAACUUAACAGCUUUGAAAUAUUGCGAAAAAUUGGACAUUUUGAUUGAGUGAUUUGAUUAUUUUUCUUAAAAUCACAGGGGAGAGGCGGUCUUAAAAGUACCUCAUAUCAGUGGAAAUAUGCACACAGCAAAAAGUGUAUAGCAGCUAAAAGUUAAGAAAUAAAUGUGAUGUGAUAUAAAAA